AUGAAGUUGUCUCUGCUUGAAGAAGAACUCACUGCUGUUUGCAAGCCUCGCGUCUCUUGCAUUGUUUCUGGAUGGGAACUAUUGACCUCGCUUUCAACCGCAGCGUCGAGUAUGUGGUGGGAGAGAGACCCGCCCGCGGAACUUGCGAACAUUCCGGAUGAAGUUGAAGUUCCGGCGAAGCUGGCCUGUAUCAUUCGAUGGUCCCUUCAAGCCCCUUCGGACGAAGAGGACCCAUCGCGCUUACCAUCACCAACCUUCGGAGAGCGACAUCAACAGAGAGAGCGCAACGGCUCGUCGCAGCCUCGCGUCGGCAAUAUCCUGUCGACCUUACGCGGAGACCUCCCUGGGGUGGACGAGGACAUUUUCAGUGUCGAGCCACUGGAUCAGGAGACGGAAAGUUUACAAUGGGCUUUACAGGGGAUGAGAGAAUAUCAACAAAUGCAGAUGGAUGAUCGCCACGAAUGGGAUGAGGAAGUCUUGAUAGUGGAAUAUGGGAAGUCGCAGAAGCAGUUGAAUAUGUAUCAAGGGGCGUUGAAGGCCAAGAUUUCGGAGCAUGCCGACUGGAUGAAACACGAGCUCAGGAACGUGUUCGAUGUGGAAAAGAGUCGACUGGCCGAGAAGGACGCGGACCGAGAUGACAAGCUCUCUGUGCAGCCUCACGCAGAUACGCGGGAAAACCACGACAGCCCGACGCUACCGGGAAAGCGAGAAAAAGAGCUCGAAAGUCGGCAAGCCGGAGUCGGAGCCCUCCUCGAUGAAGAGCAAGAGAAAGAAUGGCAGCAUUUAGACGGCCUGGUUGAAGCGGAGCUUGAGUGGGUCGACCGAAUGACGCAGAGGAGGAAACGACACAUUGAAAGCUGCCGCGAUGCCAUCGUGCGCCAGAUUGAGGAACGGGUGGGCAACGACAAGACGUGGUUUGAAGUCGUCUGGAGCCGGAGAAAGGCCACGGCGGAGAAGCACCUGAGGCUGGUUGCGAGUCAGUGGGCGCUCGGUGAGCAGCCCAUAGGGUUGACUCGGGCACGGGCAGAAGGUGUCCAACCGCUGUCCCUCGGAAUGUCUAAUGCGCCGGCGGCGCGGAUUGGGAACGAGGAGGCACUGGAGCCCGUGGUUCCUGACGCCGUUGAGCUACCCGUCGAGCUCCCUGCCUCCGUUGUCUUCGAACAGCCCAGACAGUCGACCGGGGAGCUAACCAUCAAGCCCUCCGAGCACGCCAAUAUGCGGCUGCCACGGACUCUUCCGCAUAUAGCAAGGAAAAGCCGCAUAGACGGGGUCCCGCAAGUGGAUAACGGUUCAGAGCGUACGGCAGCCCCGGAUCAGAUGAUGCCCUCUCCGGCGCCCACGCUAGACUCCUUGAUUCAGAGCUCCAUCGAUCAUCUCUCACUCCCACAUGAAGCAGGAGAACUUCCUCUCGAUCCACGAGAGUCGGGUCGAAGGAACUCAGAAACAUCCAGCAUUCCCUCACGCAGUACUAUGUCGAUCUUGGGAGAAUGCAGGAGCGUUACGCCUAUGGGCUCUUUUACCACGGUUAACAGCGUUGCCGUCAGUACGGCACCGGCUGAUCUCCUUGACGCCUCGGUCCCCCCAACGAUAGCUCAAGAGAUGCAUCCAAAGCUGACCUCAACCCCAUGGGUGCCGUGUCUGCGAACACCAGACAUGGCCAAAUUGCCACCAGUCUUAACGUCGUCCCUGACUCCGCGAACGGACAGUUCUCGGGGCCCGCGCGACGAUAUGCUACCGCACCUCCGAAGCAGUCCGCAGCCCGGGAAACACAAGCAUAGUGGAUCUUCUCCCGUGCCGCUGGCGAAAAGAGAACCAAUCAAGGUAAAGCCCUCUCCGUCGGUCACGCCUUUCGAGAAAGAACAACACGGGGAUGAUGAAGACCUCUCCUCCACGGAAAUGCCUCAACACAAGCCCGCGCGGCCCACUAUGAGGCACAGUGGUCCAGCCAUUCCGCAGUCCAUGUUCGGAAAGUCAUUUCAAUUCCCAGGCCCUCUACCCGCAUCCUCUCAGAGUCUCUUGUUCCUUCGAAUCAAUGCCAACAUCUCGAGGAACCCCACGCCAAGCCUGGCGAUCGCCCCGCUGAUCCUGGACGGUCUGCGCCACUAUUCCUGCAGCCUUCCAGCCACAGAUCGUCUCCAGAUCCGCUUUUCCGGCGUCCGUGCUGCGGCUACCCCAUCGACCCACAUGGUCCUCCCCUCCUCGUCCCGAAGGCUCAUGGCUCCACCUCGACAAUCUGCACAAUCUUUCGGCGAUGCCAGCCUCAGCUACCUCUCUCCAACACCGCUCUGGCCGCCUGUCUCCUCCCCCAACAGCACCACUGCCGUCCCUCCCUGCAGACUUCGGUAA